AUGAGUACCGAAAUCAUACCUUUGACCGUGAAACCUAAAGAAGAAGGAGGAUCUUCUUCUAUCAAGUGUCCAAUGCUUAAUGCGACUAAUUACACAGUAUGGACAAUAAGAAUGAAAAUUGCUUUAAAGGUGCAUAAGGUAUGGGAAGCCAUUGAAGAGGAGAUCAACGAAGGAGAUAAGAACGACAUGGCCAUAGCUCUCUUGUUUCAAUCCAUACCGGAACUGCUGAUCUUACAGUUCGGUGAACUCAAUACUGCCAAGAAGGUAUGGGAUGCGAUAAAAGCUAGGCAUGUUGGAGCUGAAAGAGUAAAGGAGGCACGGCUACAAACCCUAAUGAGUGAAUUCGAGAGGUUAAAGAUGAAAGAUACAGAGAAGAUUGAUGACUAUGGAGGAAAGAUAUCUGAGAUAGCAUCUAAAUCUGCAUCCCUAGGUGUCAGCAUAGAAGAACCGAAGUUGGUAAAAAUUCUUGACCAGCCUACCACGGAAGAAAUACAUUCACAUUGUCGCCUCCCUUGA